AUGUUAAAAAAUUGUAAGAUUUUUCCGUUUGCAAUCUACUUUAUUUUAUUGUUUGAGACAAUAAAUGGAACUUCUCCGACCGGUUGUAGUUAUGACAGCGCCUAUUCAUCAACAGGGAUAUAUACUUGUAUAUUUGGAAGCUACGCGGAACCUUUGACUUACUCAGCUUUUUCAAGUCCACUUCCACAAAGACUGAAGAUCACGAAUUUAAACGGAAACUUGCCAGCCAGUGGAAGUGCAUUUUCGGGAUUCUCAAGUUUUACCUCUGGUUCGUUCGACAGAAAUUACCCAGCUCACCUCGAACUUGUCUGUACAACGUCAGGUUCGUUAACUCUUACAACGAAUACUUUCACCGAUAUGAGUUAUCUACAGGAAGUUAAGUUUUCUUAUUGUGACAUAGUUUCCUUAUCGAAUGGCAUGCUAGGACCAUUCGGAAGUCUGAACUCAUUGAUAUUUGAACACGGAUCUAUAGCGUCUUAUUCGGCAGACUUUUUAACAUCUGUUACGAUAGAAUCACUUGCUGUUGCUGAACCUAAGGGAGAACUUAUUGUGAAGGAUUGUUCGAUUACUCCAACUACAAUACCAGCAGGUGUGUUCGACGGACAAACAUCGAUACGAUCAAUACAAUUAGUGAAAGCUGGGGUUACAUCUAUUGAUGCUUCAGCGUUUAGUCUGACAACUCAGCUUAAUUAUAUAUCUCUGGUCGACAAUUCUAUUACGUCAUUGGAGAGUAAUCUUUUCACAAGUAUUAAAAGUCUGUCGUCCAUUGAUCUAGGUGGACUUCCAUAUGACUGUUCCUGUUCAAAUUUAGACGUUCUAACGUAUUCUAGUGAAAACUCUGUAAAACUGCCGUCUGAUUUAAUCUGUAACACACCAGCCAGUUCUCAAGAUAAAAAAGCUACAAAGUUUUACGCUGAGACCUGUGCUACAGUGUCAAGUUGUUCAGGUUUGUCUUGUUAUACUGCGAUAGAAAUCGUAGGAUUCGUCUUACUAGGCCUAGCAUUAAUUGUCGCUUGUGUUGCCUUGGCAAUGAUUUGUCAUGCAAAGCGACAAAUAACUUCUGCUGCAAUAUCAUCCAGGAGAAGACGACCAAAUAGAUGGUCAAAAAUGAAAAAUGCCAUGAGAGCUACAAAUCGUGGUCGUCGAGGAGAAAAACCACCAAUGAAAUCCAAGUAUUGA